CAAUUUUGUAGCUGAUCUUCGCUUAUCAAGUAUACAUUUUUGCAUUUAGAAAUAAUAAAAAUGUACAAGCUAUCUUUGUUGGCAAAGUUGGGUUGUAUUACUGUAAUUAUAUUUCAAGGGUUUUUGCUGAACAAGUAUUUAACCUUGUCUUAUGAUAUAAAAUGGUGGGCAUGGUAUGUCGGAGAUGCAUAUGUUGUUGGUAUUUGGACAUUUGUUUUAUUUUAUCUACAUAAAAAGUUUAAAAAGAAAAGCUUGUAUGGAGUCGACCCCGUAAACCCUAGAGAAUUUUCUGAUGAAAUAAAAUAUGCUUUUUUUGCUUGGAUAACUUAUAUUAUUUUUUUACUUCCAAGAAUUGUUGUUUUAUUUAACACGUUUCCUCCAAAAUUUAAGAAGAGCGAUUUCUUCGGACAUAACUUAUUAAAAGUAUCAUUGGCAAGUACUCCAAUUGUUUUUUUGUUAAUGAUAUUUGGUUAUCACAGUGCAAACACAAGCCAAGAUCGUAAAUUGUAUAUUUCUUCACUAGCAUCAAAAGUAACUUUGGAUCUUUUUGAUAGCAUGGAUUUGCUGGAGUUGCUUUUUGAACCCAGAGGAGUACCUAAAGUAUUUUUAAUACUUACUUUGGUUUUUGCAAGUAUAAACUUAUUUCUUCCUACUAUGGCUCUUUAUGAGUUGUAUGUAAAUAAAUUUCCUGGCAGAGUCUCUGGCUUUUCAUGUAAAACUUCCUAUAUUUGUGGAUGUAUGUUUUUAGUGAAUUUACCAAAUUUGAUUUUGCGAUUACUUUUAUGGCAUAGUCAUGAUGCUGAUGUUUCUGUUCUUAUUAUGAUGAAUGUUAUGUGCAUUUUGAUUGGUUUAAAUGAAAUUGUUGAGUUUUUAUGUGAAGAAAGAUCAAAAAGAUGUGACAAUUGCAUGUGCCAUUUUGAAAAAGCAGCAUUCAAAGAACAUUGUGAAAAAUGUGUAGCAAACGAUUCAAAAAAACAACAAUUAGAUAUUUUGUUGGUUCAUGAUAAUUUAUAAAAAUUAUAUAAUUUUAGAAUAUUUUACAGACUUACUAUUUCAAUUUUAUUAAACACUUUUGUUUGCUCAACUUUUUCUGCGGCAUGAUAU